AUGACUUAUUCACGGCGUAACAACACACGACAUGAUCAUCCAAGAGGAAUUCAAAAGAAAAUGGAUAAUGCACGGUAUAUAUUCGCGUAUAAGACGAGGCUUAAAAUAGCAAAUUACGAUCGAAAAACAGGCUUUGUGGUGCUUCCUCAUAGGAGCUAUGUCCUCCAGCUUGGCAAUUUCUAUGAGGUACUGGUUGAAAUUUAUGAUCGCAACAGCAACAAAAUAUUCCCAUCAGAUAAUAUCCGUAUGGAUACCGUGUUUCCUGCAGAAUACUUCAAAGUCCUAUAUUCCUCGCGGAAUGGAACAUACCAUCGAGUACAAACACUGAAGAGUGGUACAGCAGAAAUUGCAGCUACGCUAAUCGCCGUUGCUUUGCCAGAUGAAUCGGUCAAGAAGUUGAAGAUUCCAAUUGCUGGGAAACAGGAAGUCAACAUAUACAAUCCACUUGUGGUGGAACCAUCGGAACUUGUGUUCCCUUGGCAACCUAAAUCUGUCCAUUCCCAUUAUCAAUUCAAGCUCAAGGCAACUGGUGGUACUGGAAACUACACUUGGUCAUCGUCGGAUAAAGUCAUCGCUAAUGUGAAUGUUCAUGGUUUGGUUACCACAGCAACGAUGCCCGGGGAGACUACGGUUACAGCAGCGGAUGUACGCAAUAGUGCACACACUGGGUCAAGUAAGGUUUAUGUACUGAGACCAGUUGAAAUGCUGUUCUUAGAUUCAAGAGUAGAAGCAGAGUUGGGCACAACCUUGGCACUUCCUCUGGCAUUGUUUGCACAGGCUGGGAAGGGAGGAGAGAAGAAACGGUGUACAGACUGCAAGCUUUUACCAUUGGACAAGCAGCUGUCAGACACCACAGUAUUUCGUAUUGUGGAAGGUGAUACAGAAGUUGCCGAGCGUGCAUGUACUAUGCUGUUCUUGCAUGCGGAUUCCAUCGGCCAUUCACGAUUGACGGUGACCUAUCGCCAAGGUGACAUCAAGCUUCAAGCGUCGGUAACCGUAGCAGCGUACGCACCAUUGGAGGUUUUAGAUCCUAGUGAUGUAGCAGUGGUGACCCUGGCAUCUUCAAAGCGACUCGUGCUCUCUGGUGGACCACAGCCCUGGGUUCUAGACCCAUCAAAGUACUAUCGAAACCUAGUGGCAGAAAAACCAAAUGCAGUAUUAGCUCACCAAAUCAAGAGCAUGGGUGUACACAAAAACUACCAUGUCUUUGAAGUCGCAUGUCUCGAAUUCUGCGAGCAAACAUUUAAUGUUACAGUAGGUAAUUAUCCAGCUACUAAAAACCAGUUUCCAGCAGUUGCCAUGACAACAGUCCAGUUUGCUUGCGCACCUCCGGCGACACUUCAUCUUCGACCUCAGAUAACACAGCCAGCUCUUGAUCCUCCGUGCCCGUUGACUUUGGACUCCUCAAAUCAGAUCCCGGUGCCAAUGUCGGGAAAACUUAUGAUUCUGGUGUUUGCAGCAGAUAGCCUUGGUCGCCAGUUUGACAAUUUUACAUCUUUAGUGAUCACCUGGGAAUCAACGGACAAGCAAUAUAUCGCCUUAACAACACCUCAGGCUGUUUAUACAGAUCUUGAUGGGGAUGUGCCAGGCUCAAAAGUAUUGAAAGCACAUGGGAUGGUGGUGAUGUUGACACGUCCAGGCUCAGUAACACUGACUGCCACAACCAAUAGCUACAGAGCUGCAAUGUUCAAGAAGCUGGGUAUUAAGCAAAAGGAACGUAUUGAACCAGCUCUCAGUGACUUCCUUAGCUUGUUGCUUGUGGGUGAGACAACCUUUGAUCCGAAAACUAUCACCAUUUUUAACCAUCCAUCAAACAAGGCAAUGUUAACAAUCACUGGAGGCUCAGGUCAUUUUCUCAUAAAGGAAAAUGUCAAAGAUAUAACAUCCAUCAAGUAUGAUGACAAGAAAAGAAUUGUUAAGGUGUCGCCACUCAACGACGGAAUACAAACGGUAACUGUAUAUGACCUUUGCCUUGAAAUGACCCAUCAUGCAUCAGCAAGAGUGCAAGUUGCUGGAAUUGAAAGCAUUGAUCUAGCAGUUGUAGACAAGGUUCAAAUUGAGAAUGAGGUAGUGGCCAAAGUGCGUAUUCUUGAUGCUGCUAACAAUCCACUUGUUGCGUCUGUCUCUGAUCUCGUAGGGUUGAAACUGACUUCAGGCUCAGAAAUAAUUUCCAUUAGGGCGGAUACGUAUGCUUCAUCAGACCGCAAUGUGUCACAGUUUAUCAUCCACGGUCGGAGCCUGGGAAGUACAAGUCUUAUCGCAUCUGCAGCUAUACAUGAUCGUCAGAUCACCAGUAGGGUUAAGACAAUACAGGUGUUUCCUCCUCUCCGUCUGCAACCAAGAAACAUAACCUUACUAGUUGGCUCUGUAUUCCAGGUGCGCAGUACUGGUGGUCCCCAGCCCCAGUCAUUGGUAGAGUUUAGUAUUGCUCAAUUGCACAUCGCUAACAUCAGCACUGGUGGAAUUGUCGAGGCGCUCAAAUUAGGGCAUACACGGGUUACUGGACGGGCAGUCGGAAGUGAUGAAAAUGGUGGAGAUGUCAUUUAUUCUGAGGAUUAUGUAGACGUGUAUGUCAUCAGUCUUGGAGAGGCUCGCAUAUUCGCACCACUGCUUCGUUUACAGAUGCAAACCGAAAUGCCAGUCUAUGCAACUGGUCUUGGUGACAGCGAAUCACCUUUCACCCUAGGAAGUGCUUCACCGCCCCUCCUAUUUCACUGGAGUGUCAGCAAUGAAGAUGUAAUUACCGUUGAGCCAGUUUUUGCUCAGAGUGGUGUCUUUUAUGAAGCUAAACACAACGUUGCCAUGCGUGUUCGCACUAGGAACGCAGGUGAAGCUUCGUUGAGGUUGCGUGUUUCUGUAAGCCCCGGAAGCUCUCAACAGAUAUCAAACAACGGCGUACUGAUCGAUGAAGUUCAAAUUCAGCAUCCGACGAGCUGCGAUAGCACACUGCUCAUGACGCCAAACACAAAUGGACUGAUUAAAACAAACAGAGAUGGUUCAGCGACAAUGUCGUACACGAUCCUGGGCGACCCCCAGUCAGCCAUUAUCUCUGUGAACCAACAGGGUGUGGUAACAUCAGGUGAAAUUGUCGGUGAGGUGUCUGUACUUGUUGUUGCGCUUGAACGAUUUGGAUUGAACCAGUCGACAAUUGUUCUUGUAAAGGUCAGACCUGUGUUGUACGUCUCCAUUAACUGUGACACAAAGUUGAUGACAACCGACAAGCGACUCCGUGUUUUUCCAGUAGGAUUGAAUCUGGAGUUUUCCGCUAGUUUUUACGACAAUGUUGGUGCAAAAUUUGAUGCAACAAAUCUUGAUCUUGAGCAUCGUCUGAACAGAUAUGAUCUGCUACAACUUCAACCGGCUGUUAAUUCUUCCUUUGUUGCCAGAGUUGCUCACCAAGGAAGCUCCUUGUUUAAGGUUUGGGAUCAGCGAAACACCAGGAUGGAAGACUAUGUCAAUGUAGCUGUGGGAAGCAUUAUAGACUCAGAACAUCCAAUCACAUUUGGAGAUGUCCUCAAAUUUACCACUCCACUUUUAACUGGUGAAGGCCAAAAAGGAACUUGGUCAUCUUCUGACUUGACUGUAGUAAGAAUCAACCCAGAUGGUGUUGCCAUAGCAACUGGCCCUGGCACUUGUUCAUUGGACUUGAAUCUUGCUGAUGGAUUUGUCACCCAUGGACAGGUUACUGUGAAAGAAAUUGAAAGCAUUUCUAUUGAUACAAGUAAUCUACCAACAUUAAGUAAUGUUCCGCAAGAUAUUCCCAUUGAAGUUCCUGUGGAUCUUGGUGGUUCUCCACAAAGUGUGGAGUCCGACAUUGUUAAGCAGGUAGAUGGACUAAUUCAGCCAAUGUUUAAGUGUAGCCUGCAUCCUCUACGAUCCAGUACACCAGAACUUGAGUUAUUCCAUGUGUACCCUGCAUUCAGUUCUCUAACAGGCAAGUAUUCCUGCAAUAUACAUCAACGUUCUGAGCAAGCAGUCCGAUAUAAAUCGAAAACUGAAACCCAGAUAAGCUUAAGAGUAGUUGUAGAGAGUCAGCGGCGACAGAGGGAGUUGCAGGCGCUUCCGGUUGCUCUAACCUUUUUACCAGCAUUCCAGGUUCUAAACGCUCGUGACCAAAAACUGAGUAGUAGUAACCAAAAAAUUGAAUUAAUUGUUUUUGGAGCUGAAACGGUGUUAAAGAAUCUGAAGGUUUCAUGGAAUGACACAUCACUAAUUAACAUAGCAGCACCUGCUGUGAAAGGGGCAGGCCAUGUAGCCUACCAGGUACAGCUGGUAGAAACCACUCUUCCAAUUGUCAAGGAAAUCAUAGUCAAUGUUGAGUUCUACUCUCAGAUUAUCAACUUAGCUAAGGUUAUUGGCAUCAAUGUUACACCAGCACCCAAUGUGGAACCUGCAGCCAGAGGUGAUACCCUGGAUACCAUUCCAUGGUGGGGUGGUGGUAUAUUUUAUGGUUCAGUGAUCCUCACCCCACUGCUAUUGAUUAUUACCAUGUGUAUCAUCGUAGUUACAUUUACCGCCACGCAGCGGUCGACAGAUUCACGUUCAGACAGCCACUUUUUGCACACGCCUCCACCUUCCUACUCCUCUCACACUGAAGAUUAUCAGUUUAGCCCUACAAAAAGUGGCUCACCAUAUGCAUCACCUUAUGACACAUACGGUACGUCUCCACGCCGCCGACCUCGCCAACAGCGUUCACCAACACUAUGGAGUACAAGAGGUUACGAGCCGCAAGAAGGAAUACCAUUAGGCUCCCCAAAUAACUGAUGAGUGGGAUAAAAAUGAUUUUUACUAUUCCAUUCUCUCAUAAAACAAAAAAAAUUCUUAAAUUUCUUUAUUUAUUUCGUGUAGUGAAGCCACCUUUAUUUUCCACAUAUGCAAACAAAAAUCACAAAUGUUAAAAUGAUAAUGAAAAGUAAUUACAAUACACAACAUUGAUUCAGAAUGGAGUCUUCUUUGCAGUUAACCAGGGAAAUUAUUUUCUCCUCUCUCUUUAAUUUAAUUCGACCCCUUUACUUCAAAUGGUAUGACCAAGUACUAUUGUAUUUAAAGCCUGUUUGCUGGUAGUUGAGAUUUGUUACUUAUUAUCAGCAAAUAAAAUUAUAUAGCUUGAAGUAUUGAUAAUAAGGGCAUUCCACAGUGUUUUUUUUGUCACAGACAUUACAUUUUAGAGAAUUUGAAAAAGAGAAAAAAAUUAACAAAAUGUACUAAAAACAUCAUGGAAGUAUCAAUAAUUUUUGAAUUUUUUUUUUUAGUUUCAUAUAAUUCAAUGUAUCUAUUUUCUGAAAAUAUCCAACUUAAAAAGUAAAAAAUUUAAAAACUGAACAAGGCAACUAACAAUGUAUACAAAUGCACAGUACUGUACAUGAAACCUAAUUAAACAAGCUAAAAAGGAAUGCAAAAAUACAGAAAACAAAUAUAAAGAUAAACAUUGUAUGAAAAGUGAAAAGGGGAAACACAUUGAGUAUUGGACCUGAAAAACCACUAAAGUUACAAAUAAUUGGGGAUAGGAGAUUAUGAGCAAACCAAACAAUAAUAAUGCCAAAUAAUAUUUAAUCUCUUUUUAAUUUAAUUCAACCCGUUUACUUUAAAUGUUAUGAUCAAGUAUUAUUUUACUUAAAGCCUGUUACCCAUGGUACAGUAGUGGAUGUUACUUAUUGUCAGCAAAUAAAAUGAUAUAGCUUACAGUAUUAAUAAUACAAGAGCAGUAGAGGGUUCAAAGGUUGUUAUAAUACAGCUCAGUUAUUUACACAAAAACAUGUAUUAUUCACAAUCUAAUAUUUAAUCACUUUAAUUUAAUUCACCCAUUUUACUUUCAAUGGAAUGACCAAGUAUUAUUUUGAGUAGGGGGAUGUGGGAGUAAAAUAAACUGAUUUAAUCAUACAGCAUGUUUACGCCUUUUUCUAUUUUCUAUAAAGAGGGGAGAUUAAAUAUUGUUUCGGAUUGUGUUGUAGUUGGAUAUUUUUGGUUUUGCACACAGUAGCCCCAGUUGAUAAUGUGAUUACAUGAACAGAUGAUCUCUACAAUCUGCCUGAACAAGCUUAAAUGUGAUAUUGUGAAUAUAAUGUUAAGCAAUAUUGAUAUUUGUGGGAAAAAAAUUGUAAAUUUACCCUUGCUUUCACUAAUGUUUGAUAUGUGUUAUAAACUGAUUUAUAGUUUUUUAUUUUAUUAUUUUAUUUUUUUAUUUUUUUUUUUUAUUUUGGUAAUUGCGUGUGGUAAGUGUAAAAUGCGUGUGAUAAGUGUAAAAGUUUUUUAAAAUACUACCAGAAAAAUAGUGUUGAUAUUUUUUUUUUAAUAUUUAAUGUGCACCUAUGCAAAUGUUGAUAGACAUAAUAACUGUUGAAAUUUACUGUAACUGUAAACGUUGUGUCCUUGGUUAAUUUCAUACCACAUGCUGGCUAAUUCAAUUUGUGAAUAAUAAUGUGUUUUAUAAAUGGUACAUCAUUGUUUUGAUAAAUACCAAAGACAAUUAUUGCCUAUCGUUGCAGUACUAUUGUAUUUGUUUAGGGAGCUUUGAUUUGUUCGACGACGCAACGCUAGAACGGAAUCACUCAUGCGUGACCGUCUUUCUCUACGUACCUACGUAAAUACGUAAAUUUGGCCAAAUUGCGUCCUAGGAUCCACGCGACAAGGAGAACCUAACGUUCUCCCUUGCGCAGAUGACUUUUAGUGACGUCAUUACGUUCUACGUCCUGUCCUACCGUCGUCGUGCAAUCGAAAGCCAUGUAGAAUAGCACUUUAUGUGUUCACAGUAUUACACAUGAUUAAGGAUUGCGACAUGACGAAUGUUAACAUUCUUAUCAUGUGCAUAGAAUGAAUCAGAAGGCCACUGAUAUUACACGAUCAAACAGAUGUUCCUCUGAGGUUUAGUGUCUGAUUAAAUGUUUGGGCCUUUGUUAAACGUAUAGUCUCAAAAUAAGCAUUGGUUUGAGUACACUUAUGAAAUUGUAAAAAAUUAUUGAUUAAUUUAUUUUUUCCCACCAUUAUUUUAAUUGUGUAUCAUCAUUUUGAAGGUACCUCGGAUGCACAUACAUGGUUUAUGUGUCUUGUUAUGAUGUAUAAUGCACUACGUUAAUUAUCGUAUAUACUAGGUUUAAAAAAAAAUGUUUCGACUGCCAUCCAUUUUGUUUUUGUAUGUUUAUUAAAUAAUCGGACCAAACAUCUUUUCGUCUCUCUCACAAACGACAGGGGGUGGGUACAGCACUCACAGAAUUGGAAGGGAAGCUUUCUUACAACUUGUUGGUAUGGGGAGAGGGGGUGGGAGGCAAAAGGGAGCUGGCGCCACCCCUGAGCUGAUUUCUAAGUUUUGAUUUCUGGUUCAAAAGGUAUGGCACGAAGUAAAAUAUGAAGGUUUUAACAUAAUACCAACAUUCAUUUCUAUACACAGAUAAUGUAAGUACUGUAAAUGUUAGUUAUACACAAUGUGUGCAUCUUAAGUUUAUACUGUACGUAAUAAAAACUUUUUUUCAAACUCUGCA